CUUUAGCAACUCCCAUAUUUUGUAGGAAAAUUUUGGGUUGCGGCAGAUGGCUCACACUCGGAGAGCCAUGGCGAUGUCUAUUCUGUCAUUUCCCAAGCGAGUCGGCGGCCUCUACGCUGUCCUUUAAUUGUUUCUGCCAACUCUGCAGUCUCCGCCAUUAUCCCAUCCAUUCGGCUGGCCGGCAAAUCUUCCUUCCACGCCGCUCCUAUUUAUUUGCAUUCACGAUCAGCUUUACUGAUAUACACACACAGUCCACACUUGAAACCGCCGCUUCACAUCUCAAUUUCUUUAUUUCUUCCCGUAUUUCCCCAUCGGCGGUGUCGCUUACUAUAUGCCGGGGAAUUCAAUGCACGCCCUCCGCUACGAUCGCUACGGCGGAGGAGUAGCUGGUUUGAAGGUUCCUAAUCCUUUCUUUUCGAAUUAUUACUAGCACGUUGAAGUUCCAGUGCCCGUGCCAAAGAAGGGCGAAGUCUUGGUGAAGGUGGAAGCCAUAACUCUGAAUCCAGUCGACUGGAAAAUCCAAAAGGGAAUGCUGAGGCCUAUCCUCCCUUUUAGAUUUCCUCAUAUACCCGGUAGUGAUAUUUCAGGUGAAGUGGUGGAGGUUGGACCAGGAGUCAAAAAAGUCAAGCCUGGGGAUAAAGUUGUGGGCAUGGUCAAUCACUUUCAGACUGGAGGAGGACUAGCUGAGUAUGCAGUGUUCAAGGAGUUCAUAACAGUGAAAAGGCCAGCAGAAAUUUCUGCUGCGGAAGCUGCAGGAUUGCUCGUUGCAGGUCUGACAGCACACCAGGCUCUCAGUCAAGCUGGGAUCAAACUUGAUGGAACUGGUGAGAGAAAGAACAUUCUGAUUACUGCUGGUUCAGGUGGCGUGGGUCAUUAUGCAGUCCAACUUGCAAAGCUUGCCAAUGUGCAUGUCACUGCAACUUGUGGUGCCAGGAACAUGGAACUCGUCAAGAGUUUGGGAGCAGAUGAAGUUAUCGACUACAAGAGUCCAGCCGGAGCAGCUCUCGAGAGCCCAUCUGGCAGACAGUACGAUGCAGUUAUCCACUGUGCAACCGGCAUUCCCUGGUCUACCUUCGAGCCUAAUCUGACACAAAAGGGCAGAGUUAUAGAUAUCACUCCGAGUGCUAGUGCAAUGUUCACUUCUGCAAUGAAGCAGCUUACCUGCUCAAAGAAGAAGCUGGUGCCUCUGCUCCUGAUCCCGAAGGCUCGAAACCUGGAGUAUCUCCUUAAUCUGGUGAAGGAAGGGAAAUUAAAGACCUUGAUCGAUUCAAGGCAUCCACUGAGCAGGGCUGAAGAUGCUUGGGCAGAGAUUAUGGAUGGCCAUGCUACAGGGAAGAUCAUAGUUGAACCUUAAAACGAUUUCUGUACCAAAAGUCUACUAGAUGUGAUAACAGUGUUUUGAAGUUGGGUGUUCUGAGGGUUGAUUGUGUAAAAUGUUUGAGGUUGUUUCUGGGUGCUAGUCGUAAAGACAAACGGACAAUAAGAAUAUGUUCAUACUCUUGAUACUUAGUAUAAUCACAAGAUGAGUUCCGACUUCCG